CUCCACUUUCCUCACCCACCCCCUAAUCUUUACCGUUUCAUCCUGUACCGAGACCAACCCGAACCAUCCUCACCUGCUUGCUCCCUCACUGAACCACGAUAGCCUCCUCCUGCGCCAACACCCCCUUCACCUUCAUUCAUCGACACCCCUAGACAGGCUCCUCACUGUUUCGUCCCUCGACAGACCGAAAACACACAGGAGACCUCGCGUGCACACCACUAAUUCCCUUGUAACCCAUUUUCAGCUUCCGCAGACCGAUCGAAGUAGCAACGACGCACUUGGAAUCAGAAAGGCUCAGACCCAUCGAGUACCUCAUCAGCUGAAGCAGCGUCCUCCUCCAUCGCGUCGGGACCGCGACUCCAUUCCAGAGGCAGAAACCCGCUUUAUCGGCUUCACUACCGCUGUCUUGCACGAAAGACAGAAAAAAUGGCUGAUGAGAAAUCACGCCGAGAACAGCGAAAAGAAGCUCGGCAAGCAAAGGCUCAGCAAAAACAUCAAUCUUGGAUGAAACACCAGAAAUCACAAAAACGUAAGGGUGCUCAACAAGCUAAGAGAAUGUUUGGGGGUGCAAGUUCAAAAUAUGUGAACGGGUCAAAAAGUUCUUUUAGUGAAAAUUUUAGAGAAGGAGAAAGAAGACAAGAGGAUACUAAUCCUGAGAGGAAUCAGAAUCUAGAGAAAAUGAAUGUGGGAAUGAAAACGGAAGUUAAAUCAGAGUCAUUGAGACAUAAUUGUCCCACUACUUCCAAGAAAGAAAGGAAGGGUUUAAAGAAAAAUUUGAAAACAAAGUUUGAGGAGUUUAUUGAAAUGGAUAUGAAAAAUGCUGACAUGUUGGCUCAGGAGGAUCUAGGAAUGGAAAGAAGACUUACCAAGAAACUCAAGGUGAAAGAUGGAAAAUUGAGGGGGAUGGAUGAUGAAAUCAAUUUGUUAUUAGAGGGGAUUCCAUCUAUGCUUGAAUCAUUUGAUGAAGUCCUACUUGGUAAAGAGUUUCCUGUUGAGAGACUUAAGAAAGGAACUUGUGGUAAGAAACGAAAGAAGCAACAGUCAGAUGUGUUUUCAGGUGAUGAUAUAGCUGCUGAUUUUAUGGGUGUGGUUUCUGAGCCAGAGGAAAUAUCUGAUGUGGAGAUGGAACUGGAAGAAACUGCUGUUGAAACAACUUCAAAUAAGAAAGACAGCAAGAGAAAGAAGUCAAAGAAAAAUCAAGGCAGCAUUGUAGCAGGAGAAACAAUUAAUGUUGAGUUAGCUGGUGACAUUAUGGAUGGAGUUUCAGAGCUAGAGCAAAAUUCUGGUGCCGAGGUGGGUCAGGAAGAACAUGCAAUCAAGAGUUCUUCACUUAAGAAAUGCAGAAAGAGGAAGAAGUCUAAGGAAAAUGAAGAAGGUGACAAAGUAGGAGACACAAUUAAUUGUGUAUAUAAACGUUCAGAAGCACAUGAGGCGUUACAGGAAACUCCUACCACUGUACCUGCUCUAAGGAGUAAUGUGAAAUAUGUAGCUCCUCACUUGAGGUCUCGCAUAGGGAAUGAGUCCGAGGAGCAUACUCAAAUCCAUAGACGCGUUCGUGGUCUUCUCAAUAGGCUGUCUGAAUCUAAUGUGGAAUCAGUUACUGGGGAAAUGGCUACCAUCUUUCGUUCUGUUAGUCGCAAUGUCAGUUCUCAAAUUAUCAGUGAUGAGGUGUUGGCAGCUUGUUCUGGUGGUCCUCGUGGCAAUGAACAGUAUGCUGCUACUUUUGCUGCUUUUGUUGCGGGCAUGACUUGUUCAAUUGGAAUGGACUUCAGCGCAAAGCUUAUGGCUUCAUUUGCCAGGCGUUUUGAGGAUGAGUAUCUGAAAGAAGACAAUCUUUCCUUGCGAAAUCUGACCCUUCUGUUGUCCUAUUUAUGUACAUUUGGGAUUUGUUCUAGUGAUUUGAUAUAUGACUUUCUGAUUAUGUUGAGCAAGCGGUUGACAGAAAUUGAUGUGUCUACUAUCUUGACAGUUCUACAAUGCUGCGGUAUGAAAAUAAGAGGUGAUGAUCCCACUGCCAUGAAAAACUUCAUUCAGAGUGUUCAGAGUAGGGUGAAUGAGCUGAAGUCCUCUUCUGGAGAAGACCAGGCAAAAAUGAUUGGCAAAAGAAUGGAAUUCAUGCUUGAAACUAUAUGCGACAUCAAAAACAACAAGAAGAGGCCUAAGGAUGAUAGUGCACAACAUACACGAAUUAAAAAAUGGCUGCAAAAGCUAGGAGUUCAAGAGAUUCUUCUUAGAGGACUCAAAUGGAGCAAGCUGCUUGAUCCUGACAAGAAGGGCCAAUGGUGGCUGUCUGGUGAUAUGGCUGCGACCGUAGAUGAUGCUGAAGUGGUUGCCAAUACAAUUGACAAAGAGGUUCUGGAAGCACAAAAGAUGCUGCAGCUUGCUGCUUCACAGAGGAUGAACACUGAUGCUAGAAAGGCAAUCUUUUGUAUAUUAAUGAGCGGAGAGGACUACAUUGAUGCAUUUGAGAAGAUUCUAAGACUGGAUUUGCCAGGAAAGCAGGACAGAGAGAUUGUUCGAGUUCUUGUAGAAUGCUGCUUGCAAGAGAAGGUGUUCAACAAGUAUUACACUAUUCUGGCUUCCAAGUUGUGUGGACAGGACAAAAACCACAAGUAUACCUUACAGUAUUGCCUUUGGGACCAAUUCAAAGAGCUGGAAUCCAUGCCACUAUUAAGAUCCAUGCACCUAGCAAAAUUUGUAGCAGAGAUGAUAGCCUCCUUCACCCUCUCACUUUCAGUUUUAAAGAGCGUGGAAUUGAGUGAUGCUGGGCAGCUAACUUCAAAAAGGAUCAUGCAUUUUCGAAUGCUGUUUGAAGCCUUAUUCGAGUAUCCUGAUAGCGUCAUAUGGAAUUCGUUUACAAGAGUAGCUAUUGACCCUGAGUUAGAAACUCUGCGAAAUGGUAUCGAGUUCUUCGUCAGAGAGCAUGUCGUUAAAUCUAACAAUGCAUUUGCCAAGAAAUUCAAGGUUGCAAAGAAAGCCCUCAACAAUAUGGAAGGAGUACUCAUGUGAACCAAGAUUAGGCAAGGCCUUUUUUUUUUUUCUUUCUUUUUGCAUGUUGAGCUGGUGCUAAAUUUAUUUUAUUAUUAAUUUUUCCAGUUUAUUUGAAAACAAAUAGAAGAGUUAAACUUGGGUAAUUUAGCAAAAGGAAUUAUAGAUUUCGCAUUUUUGACACUUCAA